AUGGUAGACUUGGCACCGCUCGUCUUUUGCGCGUUCCUCGUCUGCUUUUUCAGGCUUUGCAGUUCGGAGAAACUGUUGCACCAUUCCCGGCAUUACAAGAGCUCACCCGAGUCUAGUUUAGGAUAUCUGAAUUCGUACCAUCCCCAUAGGUACCCUCUAUACAUGAUGCAGCUGUACCGCUCCAUCAAGACCGCAGCCGAUAACAGCCCCUCUCCACACGAUUCUGAUUCAGUCCUCAGUCUGAUUGCAAAAGGAUGCCAUCAAGUGGGUGAGAAAUGGACCAUCACUUUCGACAUGUCCUCCAUCUCUGCGAGUGACGACGUCCAGCUGUCAGAGCUUCGGAUCAGACUACCAGCGUUCUCCGCUUCCAAACACGUCACACUGGACAUUUAUCACUCACGAAAGCAGGACUGCGAGUCUGACACUGAACUGUGCAGCGAGGAGCGCCUUCUCUUGGGCAGCUUUGGCGCAUCGCCCAGUGACACCAGGUCUCAAUGGAACGUGUUCAAUGUGACAGCUCUGCUCAAAUAUUGGAUGCACCAGGGAGACACAGUGACGCAAAGCCAAGAAGAAAGAGUCCUUGUGAUAGAGAAAGAACACGAGAGUGGGGCACCGGACGACGGAGAGGAAAUUGACACGGCCUACAUCGGGCAUCUUACGCACAAGAAAAUCAAGGUUCACCAUCCGACAGACGAACGGGUUAUGAUGGUUGUCUUCUCCAAGCACAACCUGCCCCGAGAUGGCGAGAGCGCACCCACUCUCAUCCGUACUGUGGAGCACUCCAAAUACGCAAUUUUGGACAAAGUCAGCCGUGAAGCUCAAGGGCGACGCCACAAGAGAAACCGAAUGGAGAGAGUGCGGAUGGCUGGCGGAAUUGCAGCUAAUGCUACUGGGUCCGCGGCUGAAGCCGUCCAACGCCCACUCUGUCGGAAGAUUGACAUGUGGGUAGAUUUCGACCACAUCGGCUGGAACGAGUGGAUUGUGUAUCCAAAACGCUACAACGCCUUCCGCUGCGAGGGCGAGUGCCCUACUCCGGUAGAUGAAUCCUUCAGUCCCACCAACCACGCAUACAUGCAAAGCCUGUUGAGACUGUACCAUCCGGAUCGCGUGGGUUGUCCGUCCUGCGUGCCCACGCGCCUCAGCCCGCUGUCCAUGCUGUACUACGGGGACGAAGACGUGGUGUUGCGGCAUCACGAGGACAUGAUCGUGGAGGAGUGUGGCUGUCACUGAUACCCCAGCCACAUCGGGCCCGCAACCACA